CAGAGCGCGAGAGGCGGCUGCUAGGCUGCGGGGCGCCUUGACUCUCCCUCCACCCUUCCUCCUUGGGCUCCUCUCCUCUGCCUUCUGGACUUCUGCUCCUCUACUUCUCAGAGCCCCCUCCUAAUGGCAAGAGCUUUCCGCAUCUCCGGCGUUGCUUCUCAGCGGAGGACCCUCUCACUCCCGGGGCUGAGCCGGGUCACUGGAUGUUGCUGAAACUCUCGAGAUCAUGCGCGGGUUUGGCUGCUGCUUCCCCGCCGGGUGUCACUGCCGCCGCCGCCGUCUCUGCUGCCGCCGUCCGCGGGAUGCUCAAUAGCCCGCUGCCUGGUCCCCGAAAUCCUGUGUUCUUCAGAAGCUGUUUGCUGCUGCAGAGUUGCGAGAACUAGUCAUGGUGCUGUGGGAGUCCCCGCGGCAGUGCAGCAGCUGGACACUUUGCGAGGGCUUUUGCUGGCUGCUGCUGCUGCCGGUGAUGCUACUCAUUGUAGCCCGCCCAGUGAAGCUCGCUGCUUUCCCUACCUCCUUAAGUGACUGCCAAACACCCACCGGCUGGAACUGCUCUGGUUACGAUGACAGAGAAAAUGAUCUCUUCCUCUGUGACACCAACACCUGUAAAUUCGAUGGGGAAUGUUUAAGAAUUGGAGACACUGUGACUUGCGUCUGUCAGUUCAAGUGCAACAGUGACUAUGUGCCUGUGUGUGGCUCCAACGGGGAGAGCUACCAGAACGAGUGUUACCUGCGGCAGGCUGCGUGCAAACAACAGAGUGAGAUACUUGUGGUGUCAGAAGGAUCGUGUGCUACAGAUGCAGGAUCAGGAUCUGGAGAUGGAGUCCAUGAGGGCUCUGGAGAAACCAGUCAGAAAGAGACAUCCACCUGUGAUAUUUGCCAGUUUGGUGCAGAAUGUGAUGAAGAUGCUGAGGAUGUCUGGUGUGUGUGCAACAUUGACUGUUCUCAAACCAACUUCAAUCCCCUCUGUGCUUCUGAUGGGAAAUCUUAUGAUAAUGCAUGUCAAAUCAAAGAAGCAUCAUGUCAGAAACAGGAGAAAAUUGAAGUCAUGUCUUUGGGUCGAUGUCAAGAUAACACAACUACAACUACUAAAUCUGAAGAUGGGCAUUAUGCAAGAACAGAUUAUGCAGCUAUCACACUGAGAAAGUAUCAAGAGAAUGCUAACAAAUUAGAAGAAACUGCCAGAGAACACCACAUACCUUGUCCAGAACAUUACAAUGGCUUCUGUAUGCAUGGGAAGUGUGAACAUUCCAUCAACAUGCAGGAGCCGUCUUGCAGGUGUGAUGCUGGUUAUACUGGACAACACUGUGAAAAAAAGGACUACAGUGUUCUCUAUGUUGUUCCUGGUCCUGUACGAUUUCAGUACGUCUUAAUUGCAGCUGUAAUUGGAACAGUCCAGAUAGCUGUCAUCUGUGUGGUGGUCCUCUGCAUCACAAGGAAAUGCCCCAGAAGCAACAGAAUUCACAGACAGAAGCAAAAUACAGGGCACUACAGUUCAGACAACACAACCAGAGCGUCCACGAGGUUAAUCUAAGGGGAGCAUGUUUCACAGUGGCUGGACUACCGAGAACUUGGACUUCACAAUACAGUAUUAUAGACAAAAGGAUAAGACAAGAGAUCUACACAUGUUGCCUUGCAUUUGUGGUAAUCUACACCAAUGAAAACAUGUACUACAGCUAUAUUUGAUUAUGUAUGGAUAUAUUUGAAAUAGUAUACAUUGUCUUGAUGUUUUUCUGUAAUGUAAAUAAACUAUUUAUAUCA